AUGGCGGCAAGAAAUAUUGUCAAUGAUGCUCAAACUGUUGAUAUUUUCAAUGAUGAGAGAGAUGGAAAAUUGAGGGAAGUUGGAAACCAAGCAGUUUGGUCUCUUUCAUCAUUUAAACCAGGUUUUGGUGUUGAUCAGCUUCGUGAUGAAUCUAAUAAAACAUACUGGCAAUCUGAUGGUCCACAACCUCAUACAGUUAGUAUUCAAUUCAGGAGGAAAACUGCCAUCCAAGAUGUCUGUCUUUAUGCAGAUUACAAGUCAGAUGAAAGCUACACACCAAAUAGAUUGUCUAUAAGGGCAGGUAAUCAUGGCAAUGACUCGUGUGAAAUUGAACAGGUAGAGUUAUGUGAACCAACAGGCUGGGUGUGUAUUCCUCUAAAAGAUGUUCAUGACAAACCAAUAUGAACAUUCAUGAUUCAAAUUGCAGUCUUGAGUAACCACCAAAAUGGACGGGAUACACAUAUAAGAAGAUUUAAGAUCAGGUCACCAAUAAAUUAUGGAGCUGUGCCAAAUUCAAAUAAUUCGGCUUUAAGUAAUUUGUUGUAUACGAUUAGGUGAAAAGCAAGUCAGUCAAAGAUAGUUGUAUAGAUUAUUUAAAGGCAUUUUUCAGUGACUACUUUUUUGCAA